GUCAUCGCAGCGUGCUUGACCUCUGCUGGCACCGAGAGGAAAGCCUUGAUGAAGCCAUCAUCAGGUGUUCACAUUGGACAGCAGGGGCAGUUUUAACUAUGACCUGGAGUCAAUCAACAUUUGUUCUAAACUUAUAUACUGGUAUUUUUUCCGCAAAUACAGCUUGCCAUGUUCACCAAGAUUGACUUGGCAAAUUACAUUUGUGAAAAGGGACACUUUUAUUUCUGAGUUAAGUCAACUGACAUGGGUUGAUUGAGUUUAUAUCUGAGGUUGCCCCACAUCCGGCUUUUUGACUGAGCUGUGCUUCCCAAUAUACCUCGACAUGAUUUCCUAUUGUAUUAGAUAACUACACCCCCCUCUACUCUUCUCUGUAUAAGCGAUUAUGUCUUACUGAUUUCAGGAUAGAUGUGGGACCUCCUCAUGAUUGGGGUUGUGGGUUCAGAAAAAAAAUUGUUGCAACCAUCUGUGUAUGAUUCUUUGCCUUGCCCGCACAUUGGCAUAGUACUGUUGGACAUGCCCACAUUUUAGGUUACCAAAUUUACUGAUCUACUGAACCAGCAAGUGCAGGCUGGCAGCGUAGAUUUGCAUGGAACUCAGGUAGUGCAGGUAGGCUCCACUGAAUCCAUGCUUUGCCAGCAGAGAAACCUUUCCCAGGCAUACAAGUCUUAAACAGACAGUUCACUCUCUGGAUUUUGUUGAUUGUUUUCGAUUGGCCCGGACAGCUAUUGUGUGCUAUGAAGGGUAUUUCAAAUAGUCACAGAAGGUUUUCACAAUCUUCUGGCUUUAUAAUGGCUGGAGAAUGUGCGGAGGACUGUCUAUAUAAAAGGGAACUAUGAAAAGGGGGCUUACUCUAACCCAGAGAUGGGCAACGAGGGCCGUAUCUGUUUCUGGUUUUCACGUCAGCUUCUGGCUUUAAUGACUUAAUUAGCCCUAGCAUUUAUGUCACCUGAUACUUUAGCUACAUUUCUUAUUAAGCGCAUGAAUGACAGCCAAAGACUGAUCUUGUCUCCCUAAUCCCUAUAUGAAAUGUUUUACUGUGAUCUAAUCUAUGAGUGAACCAGUGUUGGUGUUGUUGGUGUAAACAGCCAGCUGGCUAAUUUAGCGAGGGUAAGUGGUGGAAACGAAAACACACUGGCCCUCCAGCACCAGAAUUGCCAGACCCUGCUAUAAUCUGAGCACUGAGCAUACUCAAAUUUGGCCCUUGAGGCCAGUAGUACUUCUAGUUUUCAUUCUUCCAAUCUAAUCAGGACUGAUGCAAACCUGGGACAGCAGGUGAGUUAAAUCUCUGUCCAAUGAUUGUCAUUAAGCAAUGAAUUAACUUUCAGGUAGAAAAAGUAGCAGUGCCACUAGUCUCAAGGGUCAGAUUUGAGUACCUCUGACUUUGCAUUUCAGGUUUUAGUUCAAAUGCAAAUAUUGCGCCCAGAAUCCUGACCCCAGUCAUUUCAUACCUGAAUGAGCAGUGUAUACAUCAAAAUCCAAGAUAAAUCAUGGUUUUAUUCUAACAGUGAGCAUUAAAAUGAAUUAUUUUAACAAGUUUACCGUAUCCAUGUAACAGCUUGUCUUAUCGAGGACAAAUUGUGUAGCCUAUAUUUAACACUGUACAUCCACAGAUGGAAAUAUACUAAAGAAAUUAAGGUUAAGCAGCUUAUUCAAGAGUGUUGUAGCCAUGCCAACCACAUCCCCUCCCCCCACCCCAUUCGAGGGUCCCGUUUCUAGCCCACUUUUUUAGCCACUGCCCGGGAAACACAAACCAUUUACGAAGUUUGGGGGGAAUUAGAUUCCCAUUUUGUGAAAUAACGUCAUGAGAACAUCCACAAAAGUAAAUGCCUUAUAAAUUCUGUCCAAGCCACAGAAGAACAUUGUGGACAUUUUCCCUACAAACCUGUGACCAACAUAUACCCUGAUGGUUUUUUUUUUUUCAUGAGCAAAACGCAAGGAUGUUAUGUUCUCAGCACUAACGUCCGCUUUUCUUUAUCAUGUCUGUUAUGCCUGCACCAAUUCUUUGGGGCCAAAAACUAAAGUUCUGGAAGGAUUUCCCCAGCCACCGACUAUAACUCACCAGUCGCCGAAAGACUACAUCAUCGACCCGCGAGAAAACAUCGUCAUCCACUGCGAGGCCAAAGGGAAGCCCCAUCCCAGCUUUUCGUGGACCAGAAACGGGACGCACUUCAACAUCGACAAGGACCCGCGGGUCACCAUGAAGUCAGACUCGGGGACCCUGGUGAUCGACAUCAGCCGGGAGAGGGCGGAGGUGUACGAGGGGGUGUACCAGUGCAUCGCCCGGAACGAGCACGGGACCGCCGUCUCCAACAACAUCGUCAUCCGCCAGUCCCGGUCCCCCUUGUGGUCAAAAGAGAGAAAUGACCCAUUCGUCGUGCAGGAGGGCGUGUCCCUGAUUCUGCCAUGUCGGCCCCCGGCCGGCCUUCCUCCGCCAAUCGUAUUCUGGAUGGACAACAAUUUCCAGAGGCUUCCCCAAAGCGAGCGCGUGUCCCAGGCCUUGAACGGAGACCUGUACUUCUCCAACGUGCUGACGGAGGACACCCGCAACGACUACAUCUGCUACGCCAGGUUCCCGCACACGCAGACCAUACAGCAGAAGCAGCCCAUCACCGUGAAGGUCCUCAACGUGGAUGCAAUCAAUGAGACAAUGGCAGCUUUAUUGAAUGACACUGAUUUUUUUGGUGACAGCCCAGUGGGGGAGCGGCGGCCAUCUUUUAUGCUCCCACCGGGGUCCAGGAGCACCAAGAUGGUCCUGAGGGGCGAGGACCUGGAGCUGGAAUGCAUCGCCGAGGGCCUGCCGACCCCAGAGAUCUCCUGGAGCAGGGAGAACGCAGAGCUGCCUAGCGACAGGACCUCCGAUCACAGCUUCCAGAAGACUCUGAAGAUUGCCGAGGUGACGGAGGCGGACGCGGGGGACUACCGCUGCACGGCCAGCAAUGUCCUGGACACUGUUCACCACAUCAUCACCGUCAUCGUGAAAGCUGCCCCGUACUGGAGAAAAGCCCCCAAAAACCUGAUUCUGGCACCCCGUGAGACGGGCGUUCUCACCUGCCAGGCCAAGGGGAACCCCAAGCCCACAGUCACCUGGUCCAUGAACGGCGUGCCCAUUGAGAAUACACCCAAAGACCCCAGCAGGACGAUUGAUGAUGACACCAUCACCUUCUCCGACGCCCAGACCGGAUCCAGUGCAGUGUACCAGUGCAACGUCUCCAAUGAAUAUGGAUAUUUGCUGGCCAACGCAUUUGUCAAUGUCCUCAACGAACCUCCGAGGAUCCUGACAUCACUCAACCAAGUGUACCAGGUGAUCCGUGACACCCCGGCCCUGCUGGAUUGUGCUUCUUUUGGGUCUCCCAUACCGAACAUCACAUGGUUUAAGGAGGGCGAGAAUAGGGUCCUCUCCAAGGACCCGUACGGCCUGCACGAGAACGGAACGUUAGAGAUCCACGAGGCUCAGCCCCUCAACAGUGGCCGGUACACCUGCGUGGCCACAAAUGACCUGGGCAAGAAGGAGAACCACGUCUACCUGGAGGUCAAAGAGCCCACCCGUAUCGUGAAGCAAGACGAGCACAAGGAGGUGGAGAGAAGCAAAAACGCGGUCUUCGAGUGCAGGGUGACCCACGACCCCUCCCUGAUCCCCACCGUCACCUGGCUGAAGGACAGCGGAGAGCUGCCCGACGACGAGAGGUUUGUGGUGGACUCCGACAGCCUGACCAUCACCGGGGUGACUGAGGAGGACGAGGGCGCGUACACCUGCAUCAUGAACACUACGCUGGACCAGGACUCCGCCACCGCCAUCCUCACCGUCGUCGAGGCUACCCCACCUCCACCUAUCGUCUACGAACGACCGGACCCGCCCACCGACCUGGAGCUGACGGACCUGCAGAGCCGAAGCGUCCAGCUCACCUGGACACCUGGAGACGAACACAACAGCGAAAUCCAGAGCUUCCUCAUCCAGUACGAGGACGCGCUUCACCAGCCCGACGUGUGGCUGAACCUCACCGACGUCCCGGGGUCCAAGACCACCGCCCUGCUGGACCUGUCCCCCUACGCGCACUACGCCUUCCGGGUCCUGGCGCUCAACAAGAUGGGCCUGAGCCAGCCCAGCGCCCGGUCGCAGGAGUACAGGACCAUGGGGGCAGCACCCGAUGAAAACCCUUCUGGAGUGGAAGGUGUAGGAACCGAACACGACAACAUGGUGAUAUCAUGGAAGCCCCUGACAGGCCUGCAGUCCAACGGCCCCGAGCUGCAGUACAAAGUCAUCUGGAGGCUGAAGGACGUGGACAACGACUGGUCCUCCGUGACGGUGGCCAACGUGUCCAAGUUCGUGGUCUCGGGGACGCCCACCUUCGUCCCGUACGAGAUCAAGGUCCAGGCCGUGAACAAGUUCGGGAGCGGCCCGGAGCCGGAGGUGUUCCUGGGCUACUCUGGAGAGGACUUGCCCACGGUCGCCCCCGGCAACAUCAGGGUCCAGGUGCAGAACAGCACGCUGGCGGAAGUGCACUGGGACCCCGUCCCUCCCGAAACGGUCCGGGGGCGACUGAAAGGCUACAGGGUGCACUACUGGAAGGAAAGGAGUCUGCACAAACACCACCCACACCUGGAGGAGCAGCAGGUCCUGACCUUCAGCAGAAAUAAAACCCACGGCAAGCUGCCCGGCCUCCACCCCUACAGCCUCUACACCUUCAACGUCCGGGCCUUCAACGGAAGAGGGGACGGGCAACACAGCACCAAUCAGCAGUUCAAGACCCCCGAGGGAGUGCCCGGACUCCCGGCUCUCCUGAGGGUUACCAACAUCCACCUGGACUCUGUGACUCUGGAGUGGGAGCCUCCAUUCGAGCGCAAUGGGCUCCUGACGGGAUACACACUCAGAUACCAGCCCAUCAACAGCACCAGCGAGCUUGGGCCGCUGGAGGAAGUGACUCUCCUGCCCAACGAGACUUCCUUCACUCUGCAGAAUCUGAAGCCCAUCACCCGCUACAAGUUUUACCUCCACGCAAACACGGCACAAGGCCCGGGACCUGCCAGGACAGAAGAAGCGAUUUCCAUUAUGGAUGAGGCUUUAAUGGGAAAGCCCGCAGUAGAAGUGGGCAAAGGGCGUACAGAACCCCCUCAUCCAAUCUCACCAAUCACACAGUCUCCGCGCCCUACAUUUCGCAAGGUGCCUCCCGCCGUUCCGGCUUUUGGGAAUGUUAGCUGGUCCGUCAGGGAGAACGGAGCCGUUAUCAAUUGGGAAUACUGGGGAGCCGAUAAGAGCGUUUAUGUUGAAUAUGUCGUAGAAAACAGUAAAGAAGAUUGGAAAAGAGAGUAUGUUAAUGGCUCCCAGACGUAUCAGAUAGAAGGCUUAAAGCCGGGAACUUCGUAUAGAGUGCGAGUUGUCGCUAGAGAUCAGUCCGACGCGAUCGUGCACAGUACAGAGGAUUUAUCGAUUACGGUUCCAGCCAUGGCGAGCCGGCAGGUGGACAUCGCCACGCAGGGCUGGUUCAUCGGCCUAAUGUGUGCCAUCGCCCUGCUCAUCCUGGUGCUGCUCAUCGUCUGCUUCAUCAAGAGGAACAAGGGGGGCAAGUACCCGGUGAAAGAAAAAGAGGACGCUCACGCAGAUCCCGAAAUCCAGCCAAUGAAGGAGGACGACGGAACCUUCGGGGAGUACAGCGACACCGAGGACCAUAAGCCCCUGAAAGGGAGCCGCACGCCAUCCAACGGGACGGUAAAGAAAGACGACAGUGACGACAGUUUAGUUGACUACGGGGAAGGCGGAGACGGGCAGUUCAACGAGGACGGAUCGUUUAUCGGACAGUACAGCGGGAAGAAGGAGAAGGACACCGCCGAGGGGAACGAGAGCUCGGAGGCGCCCUCCCCCGUUAACGCCAUGAACUCAUUCGUGUAACCAAGGGGUUGGGCGGAAAAAAAACACACACACACACACACACACACACACACAGGGGAGUUGCCGUAGAAACUGUCCACCCCCUCAUCUCACUGGUCGUCUCCAUGGCACUAUGACCUUUGACCUCUCAUCACAUGAUCAUUUACUGUUGAAACAAAACAAA